AUGGAGGAUGUAACUGAACUAUCGUGGAAAAAAAUAGAACGAAAAGCAGAAAAAUGUGGAUAUAGAGAUGGAAUCAAUGAUGGUAGAAAAUCUAAUUUUCAAAAAAGCUUCGAUCAAGGGUACAAGGAGGGUUUUAAAAACGGUUAUGCUAUUGGAAAAUAUAAAGGAGCAUUAAUGGCAACUUAUAAACAGACCAAUAAAGAAGAUUUAAAAGAUCCUUUGUUGGAAAAAAUUAGUAGAGGUUGGUGUCAAGUUUGUCCAAGCAAAGAUACAUCAAACUUGGAUAUAAAUGAAGCUAUAUCAAAUCAAAAUAAAACAUCCAAUAAUUAUUUAAAGGGAUUGCAUGAAAAGUAUAAGGAUAAAGUGAAAAUAAAACUGCCACAAACCACUUAA